ACACUAAGCGGGCGCGCGGCAUUCAAAGCUUUUUUCCUGCACGUCCUCUGGCAGCUACUCUCCGCACAGUAUUGUUUCUUUUUAUUUUAUCUUUCAGCCGCUGAAGUAUUUUAUUACGCGUGUAUUUAAAUCGAAAUGGACUUCUUAGAUUCGCCAAUUUGCCCAAUAAGGCUGGAAAACUCACCGAAGAAAUCCCGCGGACAGAUUCAGAUUAUAUUUGGACCGAUGUUCUCAGGCAAAAGCACUGAGCUGAUGAGAAGAGUGCGCCGGUUCCAGGUGGCCCAGUACAAGUGUUUGCUGAUCAAAUAUGCCAAGGACAUCCGGUAUUCUGACGUGGGUGUGGCCACACAUGACAAAAACACCAUGGAUGCCAUGCCUGCCACCCGCCUGGGAGAUGUUCGAGCUGCAGCCCUGAAAGCCUGCGUCAUCGGCAUCGAUGAGGGACAGUUUUUUCCAGACGCCGUGGAGUUCUGCGAGGAGAUGGCCAAUUUAGGGAAGACGGUGAUCGUAGCGGCCCUGGACGCAACCUUCCAGAGGAAGCCUUUUGGAAACAUCCUGAACCUGGUUCCUCUGGCCGAGAGCGUGGUGAAGCUCCACGCUGUCUGCAUGCAGUGCUACAAAGAAGCCGCCUACACCAAGAGGAUAGGUGCGGAGAAGGAGGUGGAAGUGAUCGGCGGCGCCGACAAGUACCAGGCGGUGUGCAGAAAGUGUUACGGCGGUCUGGUGGUGGACAAGGAGAACGGUUCCUCUUCCAGGAAUGAAACGCCGCAACACGCCCUGAUGGGAAAACUCGUCGACCCCAACGUUCCCCGGAAACUGUUCUCCCCCCUGCACCUCUGAGGAGGAGGGAACACGAGACUUGAUGCAUUCGAUUUUAUACGUGUGUUCCUAUAUUGUGUGAGCAGUGGUUUUAUUUUGAUGUGAUUUGUGGGCUUUUGUUUUUGCAGUCAGUUGGUGUGACUAAAUAGUUUGAAUCUUUUGCUGUCCUGGUUGUGAUAUUUUGUAUACUUGAAUGACAUAAAGCACUUACUAAUAGCUUUAAAUAUAAGUAAUCUUAAGAAGUUACAGCUUUUAUAUACAAGUGGGGUAAUAUUUGUUAGUUUUUUUUUUGGGGGGGGGGGGCAUCUUUAACUGUAGUGUCAGAUUUAAAUGUAAAAUGAAUAUUUUGCUGUCAGAUCAACAAUACAAGCGUUUUACUGUGUAGUCUAGGUCAGAAAUUGUAUAAUAAAAUCAGAGCUGACUUAUUUAUUGUUUUAUGUCUCUAAGCAUUUCUCUGGGUAGGAACCACCAAUCUGUUUCGCUUUCAUUUUAACCUUUAUGCCCUGAGACGUGUAAUUCAACUCCCCACCGCAGCGACGCGAGGAUAAAAAUAACCUGGUUUAAAUCCUGGCGAGCCGCUGGUUAGCAGUGAGCAGGGUAAAAAAUAGUUUUGAUUUUGGCUUAAGUGCGUUAUAUGUUUAAGGAAAUAUUUGGAUUUUCCUUAGAGGAUGUGUGUUUUUAUUAUAGGUUCUGAAUUUAACGUCAGGCCUCUAAGAAAUGCAUGUCACCAAAUUUGAGUUUUGAAUCUAUACUUUAAAAUGGGCUU